CUGCGCUGCGGGCCCCGCGCGGGCCUGGCCCCGGGAGCGCGCUGGGGUCGGUUGGAGGCCGGGCAUGGCCCGGAGCCGCCUGGCUCUGUUGCUGCCAGCACUGGUGCUCUCUGGUCUGGUGUCCCCUGCCCAAAUCUACCCGGACUACCAGUACUUUGGCCAGCUGGGUGAAGGUGACACCUGGGAGCAGCUGAGGCGAAAGGGUAAACCAGCAGGUGGUGGGAGUAAGGAUUUGGAAAGCUCCAAAGGCCUCCCUUGGCCAGCCCGCUACAAACAGACCCUCUUUGGCUGCGUUCAAAUCUCUGCUCAGCUCAGCACUGGCGAUGCCCCCAGGGACUGGCCACUUUUUUCUGAAAGUGCUGGUUUCUCAUCUCUGAGUUGUUUUUGUUUUGUUUUGUUUCAACUUUACUGAAAUUUUACUGCUAUGCCCCAACAGAGCAUUACCUUUUGUUCUCAGCAUCUUGCUCUGGUAAUAUACACUGGCAGUCCGUUGUCAGGAGAGGAGACAAUAAACAACCUAUAAAACCUAGCGUUAGGAGGGUGGAGACAGAGAAACUGCCCAGUCAGCUUGAGAAGCCAGCGAAGGUGUGGUGAAGACGGUAGUGAGCAAUACAACUGGAAUGACUAGCAGAGUUAAAAUUGCAAAGAUUGGGAGUCAGUGUCCCCGCGAGAGGGAACAGCAGGCACAAAGGCCCAGAGGCCUAAGGGAAGAAUGGAUAAAGGGAGGUGUCAUUUUGCAAAGACCUGCUGAGGAAGGGUGUGAGGCCCAGCCUUGUGAGUCCCCUACACGAGAAAGAGCUCUGAUAAGGGUUGGGGUUGCACUCUUGGCUCAGUUUGGUGGAGCACUAGCCCAGCAUGCGUGGACCCUCCCCCAGAGCUGUAUAGGUUACUGUAGCAUUGCACACCCAGCGUUUGGGAGGAGGAGGAGUCAGUCGCUCUGAAGUUCAAAGUCAUCUUUGGCUAGCAAAGAAGUUGGAAGCCAGCUUGGGAGAGAUGAGGCUCUGGGGUUUUGUUGUUAUUUUGUUUUUAAAAAACAAGAAAGGGGGAUACAAAGUGAAUAAAUUGUAAUAAAUUAAGCAAACAAACAAACAAAAAGGAGCCAUAUAGGCGUGGUGGCUCACGCCUCCCUCUGGGAGGUAGAGGCAGGAGGAUUGCUGUGUGAGUUGGAGGCCAGCCUGGUCUACAAAGUGAGUUCAGGACAGCCAAGGCUACACAGAGAAAUCCUGUCUUGGAAAAAGGAAGAAAAAAAAAAAAAAAGGAAAGAAGGAAAGGAAAGAAAGAAAGGAGCCCUGUGAAGGGGUAGGUCAGUGGCAGUAGAGCACUUGACCAGGUGUGUGAGGCCCUGAGUUAAGUCUCUUUACAUUUAAAGAAAAAAAUAAAAACAACAACAACAACAACAAAAAACAACUUGUAGCUGCUCCUAAGCAUACAAAUUACUUUGUUGCUACAAGUUAGCACAGCACCAGGGGCUUUAAGUACAUCCAUUAUGUCAAUUAUAUCAUUUAACUUCCCAUCUGUCAGCCCUGCUACUCAUGCGCCACUGGGCCUGCUAGGUAGGCCCAUGAUCAAGUCCCUGAGGACAAAGUCAACUUUGGAUGUCAGGUGUGCAAGACCAGGAGUCCACACUCCCAGCUGAGCCGGCUAGCAGAGGUUAGAGGGGUCAGCUUGCAGCUGUGGCGAACUGUGUCAGUUUGAAAGAGUGGCUUGCUCUCCCUAGGCCUCCUCACAGGCACAGUUCUCGCUACGCUAUUAUGCUCCUUAGCUUUGUCCCUCCCUGGACAAAUCCCUGGUUAAGGGGUUAAUUCCCCCACCUGGGUUUUCAUGUCCACCCUCCAUCUGCAGUAGUGGAAGACUCAUUUCUAGGCUCGUGGGGAAAGUGGCGUUGUUUUUGCCAUCUGGGUAAACAAGGACGCAGCCGUCAGGUGCUGCGCACAGCACCAGUCCCCAUGUUCGUGGACCGAGAGAACCUGUUCCAGAUGAGGCCAUGCCGGCAACAGGAUUGUUCAUCUUGCUCCCGGACAGACUGCGACUGGAGGGCCUGAGCAGAGUCACUGAGGGCCAGGCUCCAGAGGCCACGGGGCGGAGCUUGCACAGUGACCCUGCCCGCCCUCGAUUUCAAACCACGCCCUUGGUGGUAGCCCUCGAAGACUACAAAUCCCAGCAGAAAGCACGGAAGCGACGACCGCGCCGACCGCGCCGGCGUGGGCGGCGGGGGCGGGUCCCACGCGCCGAUUGGUCAGCAUCAAGAGCGGCUUCAGUGUUCUCGGAAAACGCGCGCUGGGGUCUGCGCCUCAAGUAUUGUUUUCUACAGUUGUUGGCUGUCGCCGAGGCGGCAUGGAUCUCACCGAGCUGGAGAGGGACAAUACGGGCCGCUGUCGCCUGAGCUCUCCCGUACCCGCCGUAUGCCUCAAGGAGCCGUGCGUCUUGGGCGUGGAUGAAGCGGGCCGGGGCCCUGUGCUUGGCCCCAUGGUCUACGCCGUCUGUUACUGCCCCCUGUCCCGCCUGGCAGACCUGGAGGCCCUGAAAGUAGCAGACUCAAAGACCUUGACGGAGAACGAGCGGGAGAGGCUCUUUGCGAAAAUGGAGGAGGACGGAGACUUUGUGGGUUGGGCUUUGGAUGUUCUGUCUCCAAACCUGAUCUCUACCAGCAUGCUUGGGCGGGUCAAGUACAACCUGAACUCCCUGUCCCACGAUACAGCUGCGGGGCUGAUACAGUAUGCACUGGAUCAGGGUGUGAAUGUCACCCAGGUAUUUGUGGACACUGUAGGAAUGCCAGAAACAUACCAGGCCCGACUACAACAGCGCUUUCCGGGGCUGGAGGUGACAGUCAAGGCGAAAGCAGACUCCCUCUUCCCUGUGGUCAGUGCUGCCAGCAUCUUUGCCAAGGUGGCUCGGGACCAGGCUGUGAAGAACUGGCAGUUUGUGGAGAGUUUACAGGAUCUGGACUCUGAUUAUGGCUCAGGCUAUCCCAAUGAUCCCAAAACGAAAGCCUGGCUGAGGAAGCACGUGGACCCUGUGUUCGGCUUUCCCCAGUUCGUCCGCUUCAGCUGGAGCACAGCCCAGGCCAUCCUGGAAAAGGAGGCGGAAGGCAUCACCUGGGAGGACUCUGCACCCGAGGAGGACCCUGAGCAACCUGGAAGGAUCACAUCCUACUUCAGCCAGGGCCCUCAGGCCUGCCGCCCUCGGGCCCCCCACAGAUACUUCCAGGAGCGAGGUCUGGAGACAGCGAGCAGCCUCUAGAAGCAGUGUGUGUACCUACCCCUCUUCACCAGGAAUUAAAGCCAUUCAAGAAGUGAA